CCGGCGAGGGGCGAAGGGCCCGGAGGAGGGAAGAGCCUCCAGGAACGGCGGGCGGUGGUGCCGCAGGGGGGAACAGCCCUGGCGUUUUUUCGUUUUGUGUCGCGCCCGCCCGCAGCGCCUUCCGAGCAUCCUCCUCUUUCUCCUCCCUGGUCCUCAGGGAGUGGCCGGCCCGCCUCCCGCUGAUUGACAGCUGCUCCCGCUCGCGCUCUUCUCCAUCCAUUAUUUUGGGAAGGGCGGGUUCCCGGCGCGGCCUAGCCGCUUCUCCCGAAGAAACGCAGGCCGGGGCCUCGAUUUUUUUCUCCCGCCCGGCGAGGGCGGGGACCGGAGGUCUCGGGAUUUAGAUGAAGGGUUCCAUCCCGUUGAUGCCUGAGGCUGUGGCCCUGCAUCAUCUCCUGGAGGACAGAAGGCAGCCCACGGUGUAAGCCACGGCAACGGAGGGGCCAACAUGCUGAAGCCGAGCGGCCUCAAGAUUCCCGGAAGGGCUGGGAAACACUCCAGUCCCGCAGGACGUCCAGGAGGGACAACCGGUGUUGCAGCCACAACUGCCGCAGCCACAAAGGAAGGAUCACCGCAGCACAAACAGGGCUCUACGUCUUCUGCAGCCACCACCGAGAAGCCGCCGGGGUCCAAAGUUGCUGAAGUGGGAGAUGACUUCCUGGGGGAUUUUGUGGUGGGAGAACGCGUGUGGGUCAACGGAGUCAAGCCAGGUGUGAUCCAGUAUUUAGGGGAGACUCAGUUUGCCCCGGGACAGUGGGCAGGGGUUGUUCUGGACGACCCGGUUGGGAAGAACGAUGGCUCGGUGGGCGGGGUGCGCUACUUCGAGUGCCAGCCGCUCCAGGGGAUCUUCACCCGGCCUUCCAAGCUGACCCGCCAGCCCACGACGGAGGGCUCCGGCAGCGACGCUCAUUCGGUGGAGUCCCUGACGGCCCAGAACCUGUCCCUGCACUCGGGCACCUCCACCCCUCCGCUGUCCACCCGCGUCAUCCCCUUGCGGGAGAGCGUCCUCAACAGCACCAUGAAGACCGGGAAUGAGUCCGGGUCGAACCUGUCGGACAGUGGGUCUGUGAAGAAGGGCGACAAAGACUUCAGGCUCGGAGACCGCGUCCUCGUUGGCGGAACAAAGACGGGCGUUGUGCGCUAUGUGGGGGAGACAGAUUUUGCCAAAGGGGAGUGGUGUGGGGUGGAGCUGGACGAACCCCUGGGCAAGAAUGAUGGCGCUGUGGCCGGAACCAGGUAUUUCCAGUGCCCGCCCAAGUUUGGCCUCUUUGCUCCUAUCCACAAGGUGAUCCGAAUUGGCUUCCCUUCCACCAGUCCAGCCAAGGCCAAGAAGAGCAAGCGGAUGGCCAUGGGGGUCUCGGCCUUGACCCACAGCCCGAGCAGCUCCUCCAUCAGCUCCGUCAGCUCUGUGGCCUCCUCUGUGGGUGGAAGGCCCAGCCGAAGCGGACUGCUGACAGAGACCUCCUCUCGCUACGCCCGGAAGAUCUCCGGCACGACGGCAUUGCAGGAGGCCCUCAAGGAGAAGCAGCAGCACAUCGAACAGCUCCUGGCUGAGCGGGACCUGGAGAGAGCCGAGGUGGCCAAAGCCACCAGCCGCAUCUGUGAGGUGGAGAAGGAGAUUGCCAUCUUGAAGGCCCAGCACGAGCAGUAUAUCUCUGAAGCAGAAGGAAAUUUGCAAAGAGCGCGGACAGUGCUGGAAGGAGCUCAGAAAGAAAAAGUGGAGAUGCUCAAUCAGUUAGAAGAAGAGAAAAGAAAAGUAGAAGAUUUGCAGUUCCGUGUCGAAGAGGAAUCCAUUACAAAGGGAGACUUGGAGACUCAGACGCAGCUGGAGCAUGCCCGAAUACGGGAGCUCGAGCAGAGCCUCCUGUUUGAGAAGACACAGGCCGAAAAGCUUCUCAAAGAGAUGGAGGAGACGAGGCUGACCACUGUUGCCGAGAAGUCCAGAAUCCUUCAGCUGGAGGAAGAGCUGUCCUUCACGCGGACGGAGGUGGAGGAGCUGAGGCAGUGCUUGAAGGCCUCUAGCCAAGCCGAGUCUCCGGACCAGAGCUUUGGCCUGCAAUCGGAAGCCCUCCGCCUGCGGGAUCAGCUGCUUUCGGCCAACAAGGAGCACCAGAAGGAGAGUGUCCAGCUGAAGGAGACGUACGAGAAGGCCUUGAAGAAGCACCAGCAGGAGGUGGAGCGCUUGAAAGCUCAAAACGAGAAAUACGCCCAAGAAAUUGCGGACCUCAAGCAAAAGGUUCAGCAGGCCACCAACGAGAACAUGGGCUUGAUGGACAACUGGAAGUCUAAGCUGGACACCUUGGCGUCCGACCAUCAGAAGUCGCUUGAGGAUCUCAAGGCCACCUUGAGCACCGGUCCCGAUUCCCAGCACAAGGAGAUCGUGGAGCUGAAAACCGUGGUGGAGAGCGUCAAGCUGGAGCACCAGCUGGAGCUGGAAAACCUGAAAGCCAAGCACGACAUUGAGAUGGCCGUCCACGUGAAGGAGAAGGAGAGCCUGAAGCUGAAGCUGCAGGAAGCCAAGGACGCGGAGGAAGAAAGCAACAACAACUGGAAGGCGCAGCUGGAAAACAAAGCCAAGCAGCACCUGCUCGAAACCCAGGAGCUGAAGGAGAAAAACCGUGACGCUGAGCUCCGUGUGCGCGAGGCAGAGAAGCUGCACAGCGACUACAGAGACCAGGCCCAAGCCAUCGCUUUCUUGAAAGAGCAGAUCUCUCUGGCGGAGAAGAAGAGGCUGGACUACGAGACGCUUCAGAAGACGGAGGCCCAGAGCAAGGAAGAGAUCCAGCGGCUGCAGGAAAAGGUCCUGGUCUUGGAGAACAAGCUGCAGUCCACGGAGCCGCUCCUUCCUUCUCAACACGCCAAUAUGAUUGAAACCAAUGACAUUUCGGAAGAAAAGAUCAAAAUGAAGCAGACAAUGGAAGAUCUUCAGGAGAAGCUGAGCAAAAAGGACAAAGAGGUCUCGUCCCUGUUCUCCCAGACUGACCUCCUAAGGGCCCAAGUAAGUGCAUUGGAAAACAGAUGCAAAAGUACCGAGAGGAAGGCAGAUUCUCUGUUGAAAGAGAAGAAAAGACUGGAGGCAGAACUGGAGACAGUGUCCAAGAAAACGCACGAUGCUUCUGGUCAGCUGGUUCUGAUCAGUCAGGAACUACUGAAAAAAGAAAGAAGCCUGAACGAGCUGCGUGCUUUGCUUAUGGAGGCCAACCGUCACUCUCCAGGCCCCGAGCGGGACUUGAGCCGCGAGGUGCACAAAGCGGAGUGGAGGCUGAAAGAGCAGAAACUCAAGGAUGACAUCAAAGGCCUACGGGAAAAACUGAUCGUUCUGGAUAAAGAUAAAGCCGUCACGGACCAGCGGCGAUACUCCCUCAUCGACCCUUCGUCGGAGUCGGAGGUCCUGCGGUUGCAGCAUCGGCUGGUCAGCACCGAGGACGUCUUGAGGAACGCCUUGGAGCAGGGCCAGCAGAUGGAGAAGCUCAUGGAGGCCAUGAGGAGCUGCUCGGAAAAAGCACAGUUUUCUUGUGAUAAAAUUAGGUGCCUUGGCUUAUAUUCGGGUCGGCUUAUACUCGAGUAUAUACGGGACGGUUGGGAACUCCGGAUCUGCAAAUGGGAUCCAUCAACAGGAUAAAUCUCACAAACAAGAGGAGAAGCACUGAUGAAGGAGCCCAGGUGGAGAGGACUCUGGCGACAGGGUUUGCUGCUCAAAAGACGGGCCAAACAAGGGGUGCUUCCCCCCGUCCUACCACCCCAUGCCCACUUUCGGAGCCACACAAAGUGUUUUCCUGCACUACAAAACACGGCUAGUUUCACGGGCAACGAAUGGUAUCCUCCCCGGCUUUCCCAGCUGUGCCUGGCUCAUGAAGAAAAGCGGUACGAGAGUUGUAUGUUUGUCGCUGAAUUGCUGAAUUGCUUCUCCUCCACCAUUUGACUAUAUGGAUGGCAUGGGUCUCAUCUUGACAAGGAAUUUCCUUUUUUUCGGGUGGAGUUGCCCUCACGUAUUGGCUAACGGAAGUGUCCCAUCGCAGUGUCCAGUUGAGAGACGCAAGUCUUUUUGUUUUCCAUUGCAAAUCCCCCAGAAGGGAAUCUGCCUGUCAUUUUUCCCUCUUGUUUUUGAUGGCCAGUUGUCCCUCUCGAGGAAAAUAAUCCCUUCCCUACAUUAAAAAGACUCUUGAGGUACGUAACAUGAAGAGGAUGCAUCAUGCUGCUCCCAUGGCAAUUUUAAGGUGGACGUUUAACUUAUUAUUUUUCAAUUUUGGUAACGACUGAGUCCCAUGAGUUGCUUGGAGCUGUCAAGUUGUGCCUCUUCGAAGCGAGAUCGCCCUGCUUUAAGCCACUUUUGCCAAGGUUUGAAUCCGGGUCAAGCUUGAAUGUUGUUCAACAGAUGGGAUCACCUGCUUCUUCCCAUCUCUUGCUUGCUUCUAUCACAUUUCACCUGUAAUCCAAGUGUUAACUUUUCUAACAUGCAUCUGGGCCAAGGAUGAUGUCCCUCCACAAAAGGUUGUACUAUUUUUUGGCUUUAUCUGUGACUUAGUGUAUUCCCUCUGCCAAAAAAUAAUAAAUGAACAUUGCAGAAAGCUGGCACCAGAGGGGGGAGGAGCUUUA